AUGAUGGCGGUUGAUUUGACGCCGAGGUUCAGGAGGCUCAACAGCCAAACGAGGUGUUUUACCGGAAAGAAACUUCCAACAGGACCGUUUAAAGCAACACAGCUGUGGCGUAACAUCAUCGAGGCCUUACAGACGCAGGUGGAGGUCAGGCGUCGACGGCAGCACUUGCGUGUACACCGUGACUGCUUCAUUGGCUCUGAUGCUGUCGACGUGGUUCUCAGCCACCUCAUGCAGAACAUCUAUUUUUGCGCUAGUGAUGUGACCCGCCUCAAAGCUGUCAGGCUUUGCCAGGCUCUAAUGGAUGCUAGAGUGUUUGAACCAGUCGGCAUGAAGCUCUUCCGUAGGGAAAAAGAGUUGGCCUUCGAGGACUCUGGCUGCAGUCUCUACCGGUUUCUGGAUUCAGACGGCCUUCCUGGAUCAGCCAAACACAACAGUGAUGUGGAGAAUGAAACACCUGUGAAAGAAAAUGGAAAGAAGAAGAAGGGGUCCAGGUUUGAUGAUGUAAGGACCAUCUCUAACCCCUUGGCACUUGGGUCGUCAGACAGAAGGGUGGAGAGAAUACUAAAAACUAUAAACCUUCAGCCGUCAAUGCCUUCUGGUUUGAAUCGUGUUGGUUUGUCUACUACCUUCCUUUCAAAACAAGUGGUACAGGAAGUGUGGAAACAACAAACACUUCUCCAGCUGUUGCAGUUAGUGGAGGUGCCGGUGUUGGACUGUGUGCUGAAGUCACCCUCGAAAUCUGGUCCUCUUCGCAUGCGUUUGCUGAGGAACAGUGACCUGGUCAUCUCCAACACCUGCGUGGACCGGGAAGUGUCCGAGAUCCUCAACCUGCCGGAGCUGGACUCGUGGCUGUUGGCGGCUGCAGACUGUCUAGAGCUGUUUCCAGACGAGGUGAUAGUAGCGACAGGGGAACAGCUGAUUCAGGUCCAGACCGCAGAGGGUGACGAGAAGUCGGGCGUCUACAAGAAACUACUAUUCGACGCCAUAGCCAAGUACUACAACAGUCAGGAGAGAGUUCCCCUGCUGGCUGGAUGUUACAUGGACAUUCAUGCAGGCAUCCUUAAGCUACUGGACUCAGGUCGGACUGAGGAUGCUCUAAGGGCGUCUCAGCUGUGUCUUCGUCUUCUGGACGCCAGCUCUAGAAAUGAGCUGCGCCGACUCCUGACCUUCAUGAAUGAAGCUGCAGAUUCCAAGGCCAUCCAGCUGCACAAAACGAUGGAGAACAAAUCAAUGAUCAGUAAAACGUUCAUGAAGGCUGUGCUUCAAAGUAAAGAUGUCAGUCGGGCCCAGUGUGAGCAACUCCUCCUGUUUCUCAUGGACCACCAUUUACACCUAUUCAAGACACCGGUGUCUCUGAUCAAAGCGGUGACGAUGGCACUGCAAACCCUGCAGCAAGGACGGGAUCCGGAUAACGUAGCACUGUUCGCGUUCUGUCAGCAGAUGUCGUCACAGCAGUUUGAGGAGCAACGAGAGAAGAACACCUUUGAGAGCCUGAAAAAGCUUUUCGAGCAUAUCACACUUAGUAAUGAUCUGUCGAUCAAACAGAGGAGGCGUUUGAUCAAGGAGUUUCAGAAGCACCAUCCUGCAGUGUUUCUCCACCAUUUCUCCUCCAGCUUCUAGAGCUCGCUGCAGAGUUUCUCCAAGGAAGGCCUCUUUUUUAUUUUUAUUUACUUGGUUGAAACAUAGCCGUAAGAUGUUUAUACUUUAAAUGGAUAAACAGAUUUAUUAAAUUUGUAGAAGAACACUGGAAUAUUGAUAAAUUGUUUGUUAUUGCUUGUCAUGUGGCUGCAAUGCACACAUUCAGAUCAGACAGGAAAUAGAUAUUGCAGAGGUACAUGGUAAUCUGCCCCAGAUGCACUCAUCAGUUGCACAUAUUUCUUAUUUUUAAUUGUAUCUUAUGUCACGAGAAUGUAUGGUCAUCAGUAUUGCAGCAACAUUUUUAUGUCUGUUGUACUUUUUUACAGUAAGUACACAGUUGUUUUCAUCUCACAAAAAAUAUAAUUUCAGUUGUUCACGUUGGUUCAAGAUGUUUCUCACAAGCAGACCAUGAUUAUUUGUUGCCCUUGUUAUUGUUUCUGUACAGGCUUUUUGCUGGAAUGCCACAGCUAAGAAUUACUUGAAUGGUUAUAGAGUACUGUGCAAAAGUGUUGAGCCACCCCUGAUUUCUUCAUAUUUUGCUUCCAAAGAGCCAGACUUUGUUGUAUUUUUUAAUGUAGUUUUAAAGAAUAGUUCUCCAGGCUUCCUGAUCUAUCUAUCAUUGGACCUCUAACCUAAGAGAUGAUGCAGUGAGAUAAUGCAGAUGAUUACAGAUGAUCAGGAUGGUGAUUAGUAUACUGGUGAUGCUGAAUGCUGAGUAGUUGGAACAAAUGAGAAGGAAAAUGAGGUUGUUACAUCGACAAACAACUUUUGAAUUGUAUCUUUAGACACUUUGCAGCCUGUCACAUCGAAACGUUUGUUUCCGUUUAAAAUAUGUCAACACCUUUGCACAGUACUGUACUUGCGUACAAAUAGUCAGGGAUGUACUCAGUUAAACAGAGAAAUUAUUUUAACAAAUGUAGUUGAGUUGUAGUUGUAAAUCUGCUGGAUAGUAAACGUAGAAAUUUUAUUUUUGUGUUUUAAACCUAAUGAUUUGUGCAGGUUCGGGGCAAAUAUUUUUCAGUGUAGGAAUAGAAAUAAUCUCUAUUGUGAAAUAUAGUACUUAAUUUUCUGUAAAUUUUAUGACACUAAUGCAUUGCAAAUACUACACAUUACAUUGCAACAAUAAUUUAAUUUUCUGUUUGAAAAUUAUUGAAUUUGAAUACUAUACUGUACAUCAUUUUGGAUUAACCCGGGUUGUAGUUUUUGUGGAUAUUUUAAUGGUUAUAUGCGGAAAUAAAGUGCAUUUUAACUUGGCUGAUAAACACUAUAUGGCCAAAAGUAUGUGCAUACCUGAUCAUUA